GUUCCCCCCAUGGCAGGUCCCGGCCUGUGCUCAAAGUCAAGAUCUCCAUCAGCUUCCAGCCCCCCACGAUCCCCACCUCGGCCUUCGACUGCCAGGAGCAGGAGCAGCUUAACACGGAGGCCAGCAGGGCAGAGGUCUGCUUCACCAUCACUAAGAGCACCAUGGACAGCCUAGGCAACAGGAUCUCCAGCACCAUCCAGUACAGCCUGGCCCUGGACCCCGGGCGGACGAAGAUCCGAGCUGCCUUCGACGCCACCGGCCCCGUCCUGAGCAGGGAGCUGCGGCUCCGCAUUGAGAAGAAAUGUGAGACGUAUCGGAUAACGUUACCUCUCUGCCCGGAGGACACUGUGACCCCCAUCACCUUGCGCCUCAACUACAGCCUGACAGGGGAGCCCAUCUCUACUGCUAGCAACCUCAAACCCAUCCUGAGCGAGGAGUCUGCGCCGGUGUCUACAGGCUCGGUAAGGUGCCAGAGCCAGGCCCUGAGGUGGUUCUGCUGCAGGGAUCGAACCAGUGACCGUUUGAAA